CAUUAAAAUCCCAUAAUUCCACCCCGCUGCCACAUUGCUCCACUUUCAAGGCAACCGCUUUGCCUGCAGAACGGACCCAUCCUUGGAAGUCUAUAAAUUCUUUCUAUUAACAGAACUCGCAAGCAUAAAUCUAGACAGGAGACAAUGGCCAACGCCUUGCUUGCACUUCUUCUGGUUCUGGCUAUUUGCCACAACACAGCCCAGGAGGCAGCAGCAGCAGCAGCAGCAGCAGCGCUGCCUAGUGCAGCCAGAGAAUUCCUCGAAGCCCACAACCAAGCAAGAGCCGCAGUUGGAGUCGGACCUCUCAAGUGGAGUGAGCAACUGGCCAAUGCCUCGAGCCUUCUCACAAGAUACCAAAGGAACAAAAUGGGUUGUCAGUUUGCCAACCUCACAGAUCACAAGUUCGGAGCAAACCAGAUAUGGGGUAGUGGAGGACCGGUGACGCCGCGCGUGGCGGUGGAUACAUGGGUGAAAGAGAAGGAUUACUAUGACUAUGCCACCAAUUCUUGUGCACCAAAUCACAAAUGUGGGGUUUACACGCAAGUGGUUUGGAAGAACUCAUCUGACCUUGGCUGCGCACAAGCUACAUGCAAGGACCAAACUUCUUUAACCAUUUGCUUCUAUAAUCCUCCUGGAAAUUAUGUAGGAGAGAAGCCAUACUAGAAAAAUCAGCUCUAUAUAUAGCUUGUUGCAGGAUCUGAUCUGAAAGUUUGUGUAAUUUCUUGAUUCUGGAUGCAUGUAGGGGAACAAUGUUGUAUCAUCCAAAAUCCAUACUUUGGAUCUAAAUAAAACCAGUUCUGGAAAUGUUUUCCUGUA